AUGACGGACGAAUUGUUGUUCUCUGCGUUGGGUCUAACCACGGACGCAGGCGUCGAGAGGCAACUGUUCUCCACAAGCGCGAUCAACGGCCUAGCCACCUGCGAGUUCGACGUGUCGUCGUCGUCCUCUGCGUCGUCUUGCGGAACGACACCGCGUAGUGACGACUCGGAGACGAUCGACAGCUGUAUCAACAACAUCGCCAAUCCUAUCGAAUGUUACACGGACCUGACAUGCCCGACGAAGCUACCGCUGACCGAGUGGUCCAACAAUACAUCCACUCCCUCAGGGUGUUUUAGCGAGCUGAGUGAGCUAGACUCGGAAUUGGAAUGGUGCCUAGAUAAAAGUUGGAACUCCGGCCUCCCAGAAAGGACACCGAUGUGCACCGCGGGCUGCGAGGGUUUUCUACACUUACCCCUGCCAAAUCCCCAACAAACGUAUCAACACGAGGAACCGUUAUGGGUGCUCGGAAUCGAUUUGCGAGCCCUCGAGGAUACAUUUGAAACGAACGGAAUAGAUUACAACAAUAAUCAACUAGGAGAGAAUCUCAUCUCGUCAGCAGCUACAGCGGCACUAGCAACACACGACUACACUAAUCGUAGUUUGGCAAACGCGGCCGAGGACCGAUGCUUUCCUUGCACUUACCAAGGAUGCGUCAAGGUUUACGCAAAAGCAUCCCACUUGAAGGCCCAUUUACGCCGUCACACGGGGGAGAAACCAUUCGCCUGCACGUGGACCGGAUGUGGAUGGCGCUUCAGUCGGUCGGACGAGCUAGCCAGGCACAGGAGAUCCCAUUCCGGUGUCAAGCCGUACCCAUGCGAGAUGUGCUCGAAACGAUUCGCCCGGAGCGAUCAUUUGGCCAAGCAUCGCAAGGUGCACAGAAAGAACGCGUACCCAUUGUUCCACGGUGGUAGAGGGUUACGUGGCGGGAAAAUGAACAUUGUACCAACGGAGAUCUAGCGAAUUCCCCUUUGCGUAACGCACCGACGAUGAACGAAAUAACAUUGAAAGAAUUUUCUCUCUCUCUCUCUCUCUCCCCCCUCCCUCUCUCUUUCUGUGUGUGUGUGUGGUUUUUAUACGCAAUGUACUUAACCGAGAAUUAUCAACAGACUCUCGACGCAUGAACGAGGACAACGAUGGGCCUCUCCCGUGGACAUUCCUCGAGAACGAAUAAGAUUCU